AUGGAUGCCACUCUCUUGCCUUCCCUCGCCGAGGGCCAGUUGAACCUUCACCUUCUCCGCUGGACGGGGGAAGGAAAAUCCUCCCUUUUGGAGGCUGCGUACGCUGUGCCGGUGUUUUCCCGGAGCGAGGGGGUCAUUCUUGCAAUUCCUCCCGGCUUCCUGGCUCCAACCCUCCUGGCUUUAGGGCAUACCGCUCACGAAGACAGCCUUGUGGGGCCCUCAAAGCUUCUGACCGUACCAUUUGCCGUGACGGACGAACUGGGAGCAGAGAGCCUGCUCGGCAUAGAUGCGCAAGUCCUUGUGUGCGAUUUCGGGGGUGGGGUCAUAGAGCUUCUUCAGGAAUAUCGCGAAGAGACGGAUCUGACAGACUGCCUUUUGUUCUUGGAGGAUCACCCAGAUGCACUGCCAGUGGGGCCGGCCCUUCUCACUGCCACCAGGGCCUGGAUAGCGGAGGCUGCUGGGGACCGUGUGGCUUUCUACUCUGCAGUGGAGGAGCAAGCCGACAUGGCCCCCAAGGCCAAGGCGAAACAGCAAACCAAGGCCAAGCGCCUCACAACGGCUGCCCUUGCAGAGCAGGUCGCUGCAGUGACGGACCUGCUUCCCCAGAUUGGAAAGCAGCUUGCAGCUUUGCAGAAAGGUCAGCAGGAUUUGGAGGCCCGCCUUCCUGUGUCCAUGGAGCCGGCUCAGUUAGGGCCCUCUGCAACUUCUCAGAUGCGCUUUCCGAGUGUGCAGCCAAAGACCGCCGCCCCGGACGAGGGAACCUCUCAGCGGCCACCUACCCAGGUGCAGGUUCGCCUCACGUCUUCCGUGGGUAGGCUUUUGAAGGCUUUCGGUGCCUCUGUUGGCGAGGAGCUCCUUGUCAGCACAGGCCGCCGCAAUCCCCAAUUGGUUGCACGCCUUUCUGAGUUGAUCUCGUUGUUGACUACCAUCAGUCCCAAAGGCUACGAUGCAAGGGAAGGUGAGAAGGUACCGACUGAUCCGUCUGUGCUUCCCGAACUCGAGCCUUGCAGGCCCCUAUGUGCUUCAAGGCUGAAGCUUUCUGGCCGAGGCCAGUUUGACGCUCGGCCUUUCCUCAGCCCAAACCUCUACAUGGCUUUCUGUGAGCCUGAUGCUCUGCUGCACACCGGCAUGCCUCCCACUGAUGUCUUUGCUGAUUGGACCAAAGAGCGGCCCGAAGAAGUCGCGGCCUUGGCCAAGAUCUGGGAUUCAAAGGGCUUGCUGCAUCUUAGGCCCCCCAACGUACCUGCCUCUUUGAGCCAUCACGUUUCGCGGGCUUUUAACUGCUACAAAAGCCCAGAAAAGGAUCGACAGAUCAUUGACAGAAGGGGUCGAAACUGGUGUGAAGGCAGGGUUUGCGGCCCAUCCGCAAUCAUACCGGUAGGGCCCCUGCUGUGCCAACUUGAGGCCCGGCCUAGCCGCGAGACUGUCAGGAUUUCAAUAACUGACAGGCGUGACUUUUACCAUCAGUUUUGGGUGCCAGACCGGCGCGCUGAGACAAACAUGCUGGGUCCCGCUCUGCCGCGUAGCAUGCUGUUUGGCACGGCUGCACUUGAGAGGUUCGAGGCCCAGCGAUGUCCGCGUUCUUCGGGAAAAAGACUGCACGAGGUCAGAAGCGACUUCCUUCACGAGGAGCCUGCUAAGGAUCGCUUCGAGCCUUUGUUGUUCAACUCCGACCUCUUGGUGCCUUGCUUCAAGGCCAUUGCUCAAGGGGACCAUAUCGGUGUCGAACUGGCCUCGGAUGCGCAUGCCUCUUUGCGUGCUAGCCACGGUCUCCUCGGUGGGGGCGACCGUCUUUGUUCCAACAGGCCUUUCAAAUGCAGCGCAGAGGCCCAGGGCCUAAUUAUCGACGACUUCUUUGUGGCCUCAGUCUGCGAUGCUAGCUCCAGCAGUGAGCCGGCGUGCGUUGCCAAGCUGCGCUUGGCCAAGGAAGCGUAUGCUUUGUACUUCCUCGAAGGCUCUGAUGACAAAGACGUGUGGAGCGGAGAUUGCGUGAGAGUCGCUGGGGCGCAGCUCGACUCUUCGCCCGGCACUCGAGCGCUCGGCCUCAUUACUCUGGGAGCCCCUGCCGCUAAGAGGGCGGCUCUCUCUGUGAUCAGCCUUGAAGUUGCCAGACUUGCCCACACAACCGAUAGUCUGCACUUGUGCCUGCUGGGCAACUGGACUUCCAGCUUGCUUUACAGGCGACAGCUCAUGUCAGUGCUCGCCAGGAGUUUUGGUCUUGUCCGAGCGCAGGAUUUAGGCCGGGUUCCUCGUGUCAUUGGCCUUCCCAGGUCUGUCGCCCAGGAGUUGGUCCUGCUGGCCAUCCUGGCCCCGCUUGCUGUGUCCAAUCUUGGCGCCGUCCUGGCAGACAGUCUAUACGCCGCCGACGCUUCCGAGCAAAAGGGUGCUUUCGUGAGUUCCACCGCGCCCCCCUUUCUGGUCCGGUCACUUUGGCGCACUGGCUCUAAGAAGGGUGGCUACUCUCGCAUUUUCUCUCGUGAGGAGGCUCUCCUGGCUAAGCACCUUGAUCCUGAGCCCUACAAUCUUCGCUUGUUGCAGAGCCAGACGUCCGUGAGCCCUAGCCGGCCCCUGGCUUUCAGGUUCGACUUCAUUGAGGUUUUCUCCAGUUCUGGUAGGUUGACUGAGGCACUUAGCGCUAAGGGUUGGGUUGUAGGUCCUCCUCUUGACAUUGCACGAAGUCCUGCCUAUGACUUGCAGAACCUCCGCGUGCUUGACUGGUUGUUGCACAUGUUGGAAGGUCGCACCCUCCGCAGCUUGGCUUUGGGGCCCCCUGGCUCCACCUUCUCGUGCGCAGCCUCUCCCAGCUUGAGGUCUGAUACUGAGCCUAGGGGUUUCUCGCCGUCUGAGCCACGCACGCUUUUGGGCAACACUUUGGCGCUUCGGGCUCUGACGCUUGUGUUUGUUGCCCUUCGGAUGGGCGCCGUUGCCUUGCUUGAGCAGCCCCGGAAGUCCAAGAUGGCAAGGCUCAGUGAAUGGAAGCGCUUGCUCCUGUUGGGGGCCCAUGAGGUCUUUUUGGCCUCCUGUUCUUUUGGUAGCGUCCACCUGAAGGAGUUUCGAUUCCUGGUGGUCAACGCAGAUUUCUCCCGUCUGCAGCAGCCGCGCACAAGGAAUCAUUCCCAUGUACAGAUCCAAGAGAAGCAUACAGCAGCCUCCUCCGUGUACGUGCCUUUCCUUGCAGAUGCCAUUGCCCACGAGUUUGACCAAGCACUUAGAGCGCAGGCCCAUGUGGCCGCUGCACAAAGCCUAAAGGCUGAAGGCCUUGAAAACUUCGUUGUGAAUGAUGUUGUGUUGUCUCUGCCGUGGAGGGUUGGGAAGGCAUUGGCUUGGAGGGCCAUGUCCCACAUCAAUAUCUUGGAGCUCGCCUCGGUCCUCCGCUUGCUGCGCUUCCUGGUCGCAGCUGUCUGCUUGGCUGCAGACCUGUAUCCAGUCUUCCACUUCUGCCCUACGCGCCUGAAUCCCGCUGACUGUCCUACUCGUGACACGCUUUUGCCUCCGCCUUCUGACCAUGCAGUGUGGCCCGAGUUGACUAUUGAUCAGCUCUAUGAGGGCCUUGCAGCCACCAAGGGUCCCUUCCUCGCCUCCCUCGCCUUCUUCUUUUAUGGCCGCCUCUUGUGUCUUUUCUUCCUCUUCCUCGCUGCAAGAGAGCACAAGACACUGGCUGAAGGAAGGCCUGUCGAGGAGCCGACUCAGCGUAGACGUCAGAAGUUUCUGGAGGCUUUUGAGCGUUGGCUGGGCGCCCGUGGUUUCGACUUCAAGGUGCUCCUGACACAAGGGUUUGAUGGGGCCCCCGAGAUGAACCGUCUGCUGACCGACUUUGGCCGUGAGCUUUUUGCUGCUGGCUGGCCUUAUUCUCACUACUCGGAAACCAUUAACGGGGUUGCUGCUUUACAGCCAGCUUUGAGGCGUGUUUUGACACCAGCUUGGGAUUUAGCGUUUUCGUGGCUCCGUGAAGAACCUCAUACGCAUCACCUUGGCAUGCCUUGGCAGGUGCUACUCGCUUGUGUCUCAGUUGCCCUUCUUUGGGGCUGGGUCCCCGUUGCCGGGUUGCUGGCUUUAACGUGGGGUGGCGUCAUGCGUGUGGGCGAGGUUCUCGGUGCUACGAGAUCUGACCUGACAUUGCCAGCCGAUCUUGGUGGCACGAUAUGGUUUGCGCUGCUGUCAAUCGCGGAGCCAAAAACAAGGUUUCGUGCUGCCCGACACCAGGUCGCUCGCUUGGACCAACCUGAUUUGCUGCGAGUUGUCACCAUGGCUUUUGGUCACUACGCCCCCGAAAGGCGCUUAUGGCCUUUCUCUCCCUCGACUUUGAGGAGCAGGUUCUCCGCAGUGGUCAAGGCCCUCUCUUUGGACCGACUUCCAGGAGGCAAGCAGUUGGACCUUGGCUCCCUCAGAGCGGGAGGGGCUACGUGGCUCCUUCACCAGACUGAGAACAGCGAGCUCGUCAGGCGACGAGGCAGAUGGCUAAAUCAUCGUUCGAUGGAGAUUUACGUCCAGGAAGUGGCGGCACUACAUUUCUUCUCGACAGUCCCAGCCGUCGCCAAGACCAAGGUUUUGUCCUUGCUGGAAGGUUGGGUGUGGCGAAAAUCGCUUUGGGCAUACUACCAGGAGCUACUUCAGACUCUGGUGCAAAACAGAAGCCCAGACCUGAUCCAUGUGGGAGGAGAUCAGAGGGGCCAGGCGACGUUGCUGGCGGCGCAGAGUAGCGUGGCCCUCGCGGCAGGCGAUGCAAAGAUGGCACAGGGCUAUGCGAGCGAAGGCCGCCAGAUCAUAUCUCGCAGGGGCGCUGUCUCGGAGAAGGAGAGCAGGGCGCUUCUUCUUCGCCUCCAUGUGGCAGAAGCGAACGCCCAUCUGGCUGCUGAAGCUUUGGCUCCGGCAGCGUCGUCGGCUUGGGAGGCUCUUUCGCUGGCAAGAGAAGCUCGCGACGAAGAUGGUCAGUGCGAAGCGCUGCACGUCAUGGCGCUCCUCUUCCUCUUCUUCGGCAGGACUGCAGCCAAGAAGGCUCUGCAAGAGGCAGCGGUGGGAGACUCCCCCUUUGCAUCUCUGGAGUCGUCGAACCAAACAGCUGCACUUCUCCGCAGACUUGGUGACAAGGAAGGCGAGGCGUCAGCGAUGCUCUUUGGCGUCGCGGAAGCCCGGCUGGACCAAGGCAACAGCCUGGAGGCCCAAGGAGCAGCGCACCGUGCACGAGAGCUCUUCCGUCAGCUGAGACAUCGCCGCGGGCGCCUGGCGGCCUUGGAGGUCUUGACGCGGAGCUUGGGUGUGGACACCCUGGCUGCGCUUGAGGCCACGGAAGAGGAGCUGCGUCUCUUCGAGGCCGAGGGAGAUGCGGCCGGGCAGGUGUCGGCACUCCGCACCUUGGCAGAUGCCUACAUUGCCAGGAGGAUCUAUGGCGAGGCCCGCAGCGCUCUCCGCAAGGCGCUUGAGCUGCUGAAAGGGACUGCAGCAAACGAGCUGCAGGGGCAGACCCUCCUGUUGCUCUCACAGAUAGAGGACUUUAUGGGCAGGACGGAAGCCGCCCUGGAGACUGCCGAGAAGGCCCUGCUGGCUGCGAAAGCUGGCAAAGCUGCCGGCCUUGUCACUGAAGCCCGGCGAGUUGUGAGCCGCCUGCAGACAAAGUGCGGUCGCUCAGAGCAAGCUCCAAACCGACGGGACGCCCUGGAAGCCUUAAGAGAGCUGACUCAGGCUGCACGUCGGCAUGACGCGGAUGAGUUCAGAGCUGUUCUGGAUCGCCUUGACGAUCUUUCUGGCUACACUGAUGGGGAUGUAAAAGCGGCCCUAGUUAUUGAGGACGACGACGACCAGCCUAGCCUUGUAGAGUUCUUGAAGAAGCACGGAAAGACGUCUGCAGGAGCCGCGCAGCCUGGUCGUGGUGGUUCCAUUGUGAUGACAGGCCUGAACCAUGCGCUGCUCUACCUAUCCUUCCGCAUGGGAGGCCUCGGUUACGGGCCACGUUUCCGGCGCUGCUAUGGCCACAGAGUCGACGGAGAAGAAGCGGUCCAUGGCGUCGCGUACUUGCGGCUUUUGUCCUCGCAGGAAGAGUGGGGCCGGCGGCUCGAGAUUCAGCCUCCCAUCCUGGACUCCAUGCAGCAUUCGCUCAAUGUGGUGGAGCUUGCUGGGACGGUGUGA